ACAUACACGUAAAUAUAACCUCAAUCUUUCAAGCAUUGCAGUAAGCAAGAGCAGCAGUGCCAGUAAUAACUAGUAGUAAAAGUAACACAUAAGUUUAAGUAAAAAAAAAUGAAUCGUGGUAAUAACUUUAGAGGAAACAGAAGAGGAGGCAGAGGAAGAGGACGUGGUGGUUUUCGUGGUAGAGGUCGUGGAGGUAAUAGAGAGAAAGGUGGAUUCCAAUCUAACUUCCACAUACAGCCUGAGAAACUUUGCGAAACAGAAGCUUGCAUUACUGAAUAUAUUAGCAGUUGUGAAGGUUUUUCAGGUGUACUUAAGUCAUGUUAUUCUGAUUUCCAUGUGAAUGAAAUUAACUUGAACAAAGAGGUUGGUGUAAUUACAAACCAACAGAUUCCAGAAGCUUUCAAGCUGAAGAAACUGGAGAAACCACCAACAGAAACUCCUAUGGCACAGAUAAGUCAGGAGAAAUGGGAUGCUAUUUUGGUUAUGCUUGAGUCCAAAGACGAAGUCAAAGUGGAACUUGAUGUGACAGAAUUUACUAAAGAUCAACGAAGUGAAGUGCAUCAACAGCUGAAAGAUAUAUUCAGAGAGAAAAUAGUAAGCUCAACAGUAGUAGAUGGAGAAUCCAAAACUAUUCAGUUACAGAAAUUUUCUAAAAAUGCAAGUAUGAGGAAUCAAAGUGUUCAGUGGCCAAAAGAGUGUGGUGAAUAUGUUCACUUUUUAUUAAGUAAAGAGAAUUUGGAUACAAUGGAUGCUGUAAUGAAAUUGGGCAAUGUGUUGCACAUAAAGAGUUCAGCAUUUAAUUAUGCAGGGGUAAAAGACAGGAGAGCAAAAACCACUCAGUGGCUUAGUUUAAGGAAAGUUGAACCAUGGAAGCUUUUAUUCAAGACAAAAUGUUACAAAAAUAUGCAUGUGGGAAACAUAACAUUCAAAGAUAAACCCCUAAAGCUUGGUCAGCUUUGGGGCAACAGAUUCAAAAUAGCUUUAAGAAAUGUUACUGCUGAUGAGACACUUAUAAAUACAGCUUUAGAAUCUCUGAAAGAAAAAGGUUUCAUUAACUACUAUGGUUUGCAACGUUUUGGAAAUGAUAAGGAAGUGCCAACUUUUAAGAUUGGCAUCAAACUCUUGCAGGGAAACUUUAAGGAAGCUGUCAACUUAAUUUUGAAGCCUAAGAAAUGUGAGAAUCCCACUUUAGAUAUAACACUUGCCAAAAUUAUUUAUGAGGAAUCUGGAAAUGCGAAAAAAGCUUGUGAAAAAUUGAACAGACAUACUUCAUGCAUUGAAUCCACAUUAUUACAAGCACUAGCCAAACAUGCAUCAACAGAUUAUGUAACUGCUCUUGAAGCUGUUCCUAGAAAUACAAGACUAUUGUACAUUCAUUCCUAUCAAAGUUUGGUUUGGAAUGAAGUUGUCUCGAAAAGGAUCAAACAGUUUGGUUUACUGCCAAUCGUUGGAGAUUUAGUGUUAAUUGAAGAAGAUAAUGCUGAUCAAAUGGAAACUAAUUCUACAGUGGAAUCUAAUUGUAAUGAACAAAGUAAAGAUAAGGAAGAACUUGAAAACAAAACAGAUAAAUCUGAAAAGGAAUCUAUGAACACUGAGACUGCCACUGACUUGAAUGCUGAAGAAAAGAUUAAUGAAACUGAGACCAUUGUUGCUGAAAACGAAGAGACUGAAGAAAUGACUGACAAUCCACCAAAGGUGAAAAUUUUAACAGAGGACGAUUUAAAGAAUUAUACAAUUUUUGAUAUUGUGCUACCACUGCCAGGGCAUAAUGUUAUUUAUCCCAAUAAUGAAAUUAAAAAGAUAUAUGAAGAUAUUUUAGCUAGGCACGGUUUUAGACUUGAGAUGCCCAAACAGAAAGUCAAAUCAUAUUCACUAAGUGGCAACUAUAGAAAACUAAUAGAGUUACCACAAGAUUUAGAAUGGAAGUGUAUAAAGUAUAAUCAACCAAGAGAUCUUUUAAUAAGAUCUGAUUUUGAAGAGAUGAUUAAAAUUAAAGAACCCGAAGAUCCUAAAGAUGGAAAAUUUAAUAGUCUUGUAGUUAAAUUUAAUCUGGUAUCUUCGUCUUAUGCAACAAUGGCAUUGAGGGAAAUCCUAAAAAUUGAUACAUCGACACAGACUCACAUAAAGUUGAAUAAAUAUCACGAGACUCCUAAUACAGAGCCCGCGAAAGAAGUCACCAGUAACAGUUUGUUAACUGACAAAGACAAAUUUGAAGCUUUUAAGAUGGCCGUUUUCGGAGAUAACGAGGUCGAGGAUGAAGAGAAUUCCAGUAAAAGAAAGAUCGACGAAGUUGAGACCGUUGUUUUCAAGAAGAUGAAGGUCGAGGAUGAAAAGAAAAAGGAUGAAGGCAUCAAGACUCAGGCGUCUUUGGUGUAAUGUAACUUUUCAUGAGCCUUUAA